AUGCCAAAUAACAGUGACACCAUCCAACCCAUUCUUCACAAUCUCUCCCAACUCAACACCCGAAUGGAUUCCCUUCAAACCUUCAUCUCCCAAUCCAUCAAAUCCCACACUCUCCUCACUCACCACCAAAUGACCACGCUCUCCAACGAGAUCGUAACCGCCACGCGCAACGUCAUCACCAACGCCGCCGCCAUUCUCGCCGCCUCCGAAACCGUUUCUUCUCCGACGUUGGACUCUUCGAAACUCCACGACGGCGAAACCGUGGUCGAACUCGACGCCGUGGAGCUGCUGGCCACGCACCUUCACUUCUGCGAGGUUUGCGGGAAAGGCUUCACGCGCGACGCGAACCUGCGAAUGCACAUGCGCGCACACGGGGACGAGUUCAAGACCCCGGAAGCGUUGGCAAAGAAGGCGUGUGGGGACACGCGCUUUAAGGCGACGCGGUUUUCGUGUCCCUUUGAGGGUUGCAACCGUAACAGGUUACAUAAGAAGUUCAGGCCCUUGAAGUCGGUGUUGUGUUUGAGGAACCAUUUUAAGAGGAGCCAUUGUCCCAAAACGCUGUCGUGUGAUCGGUGUCGGAAGAAGAGCUUUGCGGUGCUUUCGGACUUUAAGAGCCACGUGAAGCAGUGUCGGGGUGAGUCCACGUGGAAGUGCUCUUGCGGAACCACGUUUUCCAGAAAGGAGAAGUUGUUCGGACACGUGGCACUCUUCGAAGGGCAUUUGCCUGCGCUUGAAGAGGAUAAAGAAAAGGAAGUAAUGAAGGAAAGUGAUGAUUGUGUGGAUGAGUUACCUGAAGGGUUCUUUGAUGGUUUGGAUGAGUUUGAGUUUGAGUUUGGGUUUGGGUUUGGUUCCUUUCAAAACAACUCUUUGCAAGAGGAACCUUGGGAUUUUUCCCACUCUUAG